UGUGAUUCUAAAUGCAAAUCAAGUUGUGUUUGUUUGGUUAACUUACUUGAUUUUUGUUGUAGUUAUGUGCUGCUGAGUUUUGCAUUUAAUAGAGUAAUGUAAAGAUGGUGCUAUAUUUGUGUUUUGGAAAACAAUUACUAUUAUGCUCUACUGCGUGGAGGGUAGUUUUCAGGAAACAGUCACUAGCCUUUUGACCCGCGAAGGCUUUCAUUCUCUCAAUGUAGAGCUGGAUUAUGCAUGCUUACCUUUGUGAAUUGCUUGGUUAUGCGUUUGGGACUUAGUGAUGUAUAAUUUAUGCUUGCAGCCUUAUGGGAAUGCAAAUUUUAUUUUUGGCACUGCUGAGAAUGAUUAUUAAGAUGUCGAAGUCUAAUAGACUUCCUCCUUUUGGAUUAAAUGAAUAUUGAUCCUUUGUUGAUCUCCUACCGUAUGUUUUCUGCAUUUCAGUGCUUAGGGCAUGAAAAGAGUUGUUUUGAAUUUUGUGUUGUAAUUGAUAUUAGAUGCCAAGGACUAUAUACCUUAUGAAGUAAUGAUCAUAUUUUUGCUCUAGAUUUUAGGGAAACAGAACUUAAAUCAUCCCUGCUAGAUUGGGAGUAAGGAUGUAAGGCCUGGUUGGGUUUCUGUAACUAAAGUGGUGUUGAUAUGAUAUUUCAGGAUUCUAUAGUUUUCAUACUUAAGUGACCCUCAAACAUUUGGGAUUUUGUUCUAACUGCUUUUUCUGAACUUGUCAUUGUUUAAAUGAUUCUUUAGUACCUUUUAUUUCUGUCCAAAAGGAAAUUUCUGAGAGAACUAUCCUUUUACUAAGGGAUAAAAUUAAUUGUUCAUUUAUUCUGAAUAUAAAAUUUAACACAAGUUACUCUGACCAUAUGGUCUGAGUAGUGUGUUCAGUAGGGCUGUUGAUCUCUUGUUAUUCAUUUGUAGGAAAAAAAUUACACUUGCUGAAUUCUUGUUAGUCUGAGCAUUUAUAUAUCCAGUACAAAGUGGAGUUACCCUGAAAUCAAAUGCAGGGUAAAAUAAAUACAAAAGUGAAGAUAUUUUUGAGUGCUUGAAACUAAAUGACUCCUAUUUGUCUUGUAAAGCUAUGCUUCGGGUAGCACCUGUACCUAGAUGCCCAGCUGUGGAUAUAUAUAUUUCUUAUGUGUCAGAAGAGCAAUUUUGCAUGAAUUUCUGAUUAAGCUUACCCAUUUCCAAUCUAACAGAAGACUAGGAGUUUUUUUUUCAUCAUUUCGGAGAGUAUUAAUGGGGACCAAGCUGGCUAUAGUGUAUAGAUGGUUUCUUCAUUGGUAUUUGGCAUCCUUUAUUUCUCAUUUGUUCGGUCAUAGUACUAUGACAGGAACACAUAGAUGAUGGCCUUAACUUUUUUGAGAUGAAAGCAUUAACUAGUUCUUGUGUUUUUCUGAUCUAAGAGUUUGCACUGUUCUCAGCUUCUGUAGAGGUUACUUACAUUCAUUUUGGUGUGACAAAGUUUAGAGGCCCUAGACAAAGUUAUCAGUAUUUGUUCUUACUUUUUGUUGAACAGCUAUAACAAAGCUUCUGAACAUUCUCUUAUGAUUUGCUUUUGCAACUUAAUUCUUUAGAACUACAACUGAAAUUUUUAUGCAUGUGAACAACAAACAGCACCUGUAACUCUUUUGAGUAAAAUUCGUAUGGAUGUGAACAACAAGAAACACCCAUAACUCUUUCACAUAAAAUUCUCACGCAUGCAAAAACAAGAAGCAUCCACAUGUAGGAAAGAGUUUUGCAGAAAGUUAUAUGCAAAAACAAGAAGCAAAGGAAUAUGCUAUUCCAACCUCUUAGAAAAUGGACAAGCUUAAGCAAUAAUCCAUGAGAAUAUAGAUUCUUUUAUUUUGGAAUGUGGCAUUUACAAAGAAUUUUUUGGGAGGUUUUCUCAUAUUGAAGAAGAUGUGGUGAAGAUUGCGGACAGAGGUAGGAUUGUCCUUGAUGGACAAUGAAACUUAACUAUCUCUAUAAUCCCUGCCACAUUUUCCCUUCAUUUGUUCUCACUGUAAGAGCAUGAUUGAUGUUAUUAUCCCGUUGAUUUGACCAUAGGUUGGACUGUCUAUCAGUGAUGUUUGUUUAGAUGGACUUUUGACUUCUCCAACAAUCAAGUGCGUGCAAUGGUUAUUAUCCACUGCUGGAUGCUGAUAGAUUUUGUUGGGGGUUCAAAUAGAUGUGCAUGUUUUGAUGAAUUCUUCUCAAUGGAGUUUGGAGCAGUUCAAUCUUAGUUGGAAUUUGUUGGUGCUGAUAUGAUUUGGUCUUCUGCCAAGUGUGAGAGAGCACCAUUUUGUGGGUUACUUGCCCAUUUGGAGGGGCAACUAGACAUAGUUUAGGUUUUCAAAAUUUUCCUUAACUUUUUCAAUCUCAAUGCAGGUUGUAACCCAUUUCCAGCUAUCACUUAAUAGUUAAUUUCAUCUGCAAGAGACGAUGUCUGAACUAGCUGCUGAACAUUCUGGUGCUCCACGCCUUGAGCCAAUAACCUCACAAGUUGUGGAAAAAGAAGAGAAGACUGUUGGUUUUGGGAAGGCUUCUCAAGGAAGCAACAUGUACAGGGGAGAAUCAUUUCAGGAAAAUGUUAGUGGCACUGAAGCCCUUGAUAAAGGGUACAUGAAAUACGGCUGCUCUCAUUAUCAGCGAAGGUGCAAGAUUAGAGCUCCUUGCUGCAAUGAAAUAUUUGAUUGCCGGCAUUGUCAUAAUGAGGCAAAAAACAAUAUUGAUGUUGACAAAAACCUUAGACAUGACAUCCCCCGUCAUCAAGUGAAAUGGGUUAUAUGUUCACUUUGUGGCACUGAACAAGAGGCUCAGCAAGUUUGCAUCAACUGUGGUGUUUGCAUGGGGAUAUAUUUUUGUGAAACAUGCAAGCUAUUUGAUGAUGAUACAUCUAAAAGACAGUAUCAUUGUGGUGGAUGUGGCAUUUGUCGAAUUGGCGGAGAGGAAAAUUUCUUCCACUGCUCUAAAUGUGGAUGUUGCUAUUCAAUCAUUUUGAAGGAUAGCCAUCCUUGUAUUGAAGGAGCAAUGCACCAUGACUGCCCUAUUUGUUUUGAGUAUCUGUUCGAGUCAAGAAAUGAUGUUACGGUCUUGCGUUGUGGCCACACUCUUCACAGGAACUGCUUAAAGGAGAUGCAGGAGCACUACCAAUACACUUGCCCCAUUUGUUCAAAAUCAGUAUGCGAUAUGUCAAAAGUGUGGGAGAAAUUCGAUGCCGAGAUUGCUGCAACACCUAUGCCAGAAUCUUACCGGAACGAGAAGGUUUGGAUUCUUUGCAAUGACUGUGGAACCAGCUCAGAAGUUCAAUUUCACAUCGUUGCUCAGAAGUGUCCUAGUUGCAAGUCUUACAACACACGCCAAACAAGAGGGAGAUAGAUAAAUAAUGUAUUAGAUGGGACUAAAAAGGGGAUUGCACCAAUCGCAAGAUCUUUGCCAAUUCUAAUUCACUCGUAAAAUUGAUGGGAAGCACUGCAGCAAGGACUUGUCAACUGCCUCCUUCAAAUGGCGCUGUAAAAGAUAAGAAUUCCUUUUGAAUUGGCAAUUUGUACUUCAUAUUUCCCACGAUAGUUGAAAACCUUAUUUAAGUUUGAGACUAUUUCUUAUGAACUCUAUAAUGCAAUUUUUCUUUUCCCCUAAA